AUUUUAUUAUUUUUUAUUUUAUUUUUUGUUUAAUAAACAGUUCCUUUUAUACAAUGAUUAAAACCACUCUACCAAGUAAGCAACUACUUGGUUGUACACAUUUAUUCUUUAAAGGACAUGGACUACCAAAGAAGACUAUAUUAUUAAACUCAAUGACAAAACGGAUGCUUACACAGAAAUCAACAUUUUUUUAUGUACGCCAAAGACCCCCAUUGAUGAAUCGCAUGGCGUUAUUGGGUAGUGUGAGAUAUCAUGGAAGUCAUCACCAUCAUCAUGAUGCAGACCUCAUGACCUCACUAAAAACUUCAAGUAAACGAGGCACAAGGAUUACGGUUAUUGGAUUAGCCUCUAACGUUGGCUUGACUGUGACAAAGGGGAUAGCAGGAUGGGUAAUGAAUUCAGCUUCUUUACUUGCAGAAGCUUUUCAUUCUUUUAGUGACUUAUUAAGUGAUUUUGUGACAUUAUACACAUUUAAAAUGUCUAGAAAGCCAGCUGAUAGUAUUUACCCAUAUGGAUAUGGUAAAUUUGAAACAGUUGGAUCAGUCACUGUGUCUUCGUUAUUAUUAGCAGGUGCUAUUGGUAUUGGUUGGCAUUCAUUUGAUUUAUUAUUGGCAACACUCCCUUUUAUCUCAGAUACAGCAGCUACAGUAACUACAGUUGCAAAUGAAGCAGCCAGUCAUGUACACCACCACCACCACCACCAUGGUGGGGGCGUAUUGGAUCCCAAUGCUGCCUGGUUUGCAUUGGCAAGCGUUAUUAUUAAAGAAUGGCUUUAUAGAGCAACUAUUAAGGUCGGAAUAGCAGAACACAGUGACGUAUUAAUGGCAAAUGCAUGGCAUCAUCGAUCAGAUGCAUAUUCAAGUGCAGUAGCUCUCGUUGCUAUUGUAGGCAGUUAUGCAGGUUUACCAGUAUUAGAUCCACUAGGAGGUAUUGUAGUUUCUGGUAUGCUUAUCAAGAGUAGUGUCAGUUUACUUGGAUCUUCAGUAAAAGAAUUAAUGGAUAAAGGUAUUACGGCUGAGCAGUUACUAUCUAUAGAGACAGCGAUAGCUAAAGUGAAAAAAGAGGAAAUAAAUCUAUUAAGUUUUCAUUCUGUUCGUGGUCGUAAACUUGGACGUUUUAAUCAUAUCGAUUUAGUUUUACAGUUAAAUCCAAAUAUAUCAGUUAAAGAAGCAUAUAAAAUUGAAGAACAUGUACGAUCUACAAUAAAACAUGAAUGUGAAAACAUCCAAGAUAUUAGUAUUCAUGUCCAAGAUCCUUCUUUCGUGAAAGAAGAGCAACACAAUCAUGGUGAACACAACAUUCAUGAAGAACACAAGCAUUAGAAAUUUUCAUAUUAGACUUUAUUACCAACAAAAAAAAAAUAGUAUGAAAUUAUCUUAUAUUAGGUUUUCUAUCAUUACUCCCUCCUCCUCUUAAAUAUUUGUAUAUUAUUUUUUAGUUUAUUGUAUUUGACACCUCCUCCCUUCCCUUAUAUAUACUCUCUUGCAUUAUUGUUAAUUAAAAAAAAAAAGAAAAGAAGAAGAAGACGGUUUUCUAUUUGUUACAUAAUUUACUAGCUAUAGCAAUAAAAUGAAUACAUGUUAUUUUAUAACAA